AUGAAGGAUGUAUUGAUUAAGAUGAACUCUGGGGAUAUAUUAGGAGAUUCUAAUAAGAUGAAUAUAUAUGAAAGGAAUACAGGGACUUUGUCGGAUUGUUCUGAGAAUAGGGUGGAAUCUUUAGGUCUUGAUGAUAAGAUAAAUAAUACUGUUGAGGAGAGUUUAGUGGGAGAAGCAGAUGUGGAAAUAAAUGGAGAUCUUCUAUAUAAUGAUUUGCAAAGGAAAGAUAGAGAAUUAAUUAGUAGUGUGGAUGAGGAUAGUUUGAACGUUAUUAAGAACACUAAGAAGAGUAAUAAUAUAGAUAUGUAUGGAGAUAUAGAGGCUGAUGAGAUUAUAGCUAAAGCCAUGUCUCUAAGGAGAAAGUCUAAUGGUGAAAGGAUGGCAAAAAACUUAAGGAAGAGCAAUAAGGAAGUUCAAGAUACAGCUAAGUCUAGCUCUAAUUCUAUCUUUAUUCCUAGACCCUUUUUUCAGCGUCUUACUGAUUCAAUCUAUCGCAGAUUAAUAAUUGGAUCCUCUAACCAAAUUAAGCUGGUAGGCUUAAUAUCUGCAGCUAGAUUAUUGGUAAGAUUGUAUGAAGAAAAUACAACUGAGUUACCGAAAGAUGAAAGUAUUCAACAUAAUAUUCCAUUAUUAUCAUGUCAUGUAGGGGACUGGCAGCCUUUAGAUUCUGAUAGAGUUAUAGUUUCAACUUCUUCGCUUUCUAAGGAGAUAUUUGGAUGCCAGAAGACGUCUCACACUCCUCCACUCAUUAACAGGAUGCGAACUAUAUACAUUGUAACUCCUUUAAAUUAUGAUGGAAAUAAAGUAGGUGGAGGUUAUAGAGGAGGAGGAAGUGAUCCACUAUCUAGGUUAGUUACCAAAUGGAGAAAUCUGAGUACUGCAGAUAUUCAGGACUUUGCUUAUAUAACAGACAAUGGCUUUGAUUUGAAAUAUAAUGGAUUUUAUAUUUUGUAUGCUAAAUCUAGUCACCCAGGAGCAGUAUGGAGGCAAUUUUAUUCUGCUAGAAUGAGAACAAAUGCUUUUAAUAGUAGGCAUCAAGUUUUAAUAAAUUCUACGCAUUCAUCAAGACUAAUAAAAUUACAUACUAUCCACUUGCAAAAAGAUGGGUUAGACUUACCUAUUGGUAUGGCAUUGUUUGAAGAUCAUACUGAGGCUUUGGCUAUGACAGAAGCAUGCUCAACAGCUGAAAUAAAAAAAUCUACUGAUUCCUGUCCAAACAAUGGGUUGAAUUCUGUUGUAUCUACAACUACUGAUACAAUUACAGAUGAAAGUACAAUACUUGGAGGUUUAAAAAGUCCUAAGACACUUUUAAUUAAUGAUGAAACAUCUCAAAAUAAUAACACUUCUGAGAGAUUAAAUACUCUUAAUUUUACAAUAGGGGCAUCAAGCAACAAUAAUCAGAACAUUUUACCUAAUUGUGCGAAUAUGAUAAAUUCUUCAUUAGGAAGAGAUGGACAGUCUUACCCAAAUUUACUAGAGGGGGCUAUGAAUGGGAUGAAUAAUCAAUUGAAUAUGAAAUUAUGCAUGGAUGGGAGUAUACUUCAGUCUCAUGCGAAUAUGAUAAGCAACAACAUAGCAGCCUCCUUUGCAAAGGAUUCAGUUGAGCUCUUGCUACUAUAUAGCUUCCGAUCCCUACCACAAAAAUUACAAAGUGAACUAAUACAUACUAUAUCAUGUUUGAAAUUUGUAAAUCCUGACACAUUCUCCGCUAUUUUGAGGUCAUCCUUAGAUGCUGCUUGUCUUCCAAAUACUAUGAACAACCAUAUACAAGGAGUUGCAUGCUCGAAUUUGCAAUCUGACAGAAUUUCUAUUGACCAAUUAUCUCUACAGCUCCGGAAUAUACAAGGAAACUUGGAUUUGUCUUCUACAUCUCCUUCACUAUUAAAUUCACUUGUUUCAUAUAUACCUUCAAUAGCUGGGAAUUCAAAUAUUGAUAACAGUUCAGCAGGAACCUUUAUGUCUAAUGGAAACUCACCUAAUCAGGGGCUUUGGGCAUUACUUUCAACCCAUACCCCGAAUAACCAAGGAAACUCUGUAUUUAGUGGUGGGAACUCCACCAUAUCUCAAAAUUCUAAUGCUACCAUGCUAAGUGGACUUACAAAUUCUCAAAUCAUUGUAUAG